GUCGGCGCGAGACAGGGAGACAGGGCUGCGGCAAUUGGGCGACACAGGCUGCUGCAGGAAUAAGGCAAUAAUUUAGAUAGUUCAGCAUUGUAUUAUAUACGCGUGUAUAAUAUACACAGCUAGCCAAAAUGGUAGACCGCGAGCAGCUAGUGCAGAAAGCCAGGCUGGCUGAGCAAGCCGAACGAUACGAUGAUAUGGCAGCAGCAAUGAAAUCGGUGACGGAACUGAAUGAAGCCCUUUCCAAUGAAGAAAGGAAUCUUCUCUCUGUCGCUUACAAAAACGUGGUGGGGGCAAGGCGGUCAUCUUGGAGAGUGAUUAGCAGUAUUGAGCAGAAGACCUCCGCAGAUGGCAAUGAGAAGAAGAUUGAGAUGGUGCGAGCUUACAGAGAGAAGAUUGAGAAGGAGCUGGAGUCUGUGUGCCAAGACGUGCUCAACCUCUUAGACAAUUACCUGAUCAAAAACUGCAGUGACACACAGUACGAGAGCAAGGUCUUCUACCUGAAGAUGAAGGGGGACUAUUACCGCUACCUCGCCGAGGUGGCAUCUGGUGAGAAGCGUGCCACAGUGGUGGAGUCAUCAGAGAAAGCAUACGGCGAGGCCCACGAGAUCAGCAAGGAGCACAUGCAGCCAACGCACCCCAUCCGGCUGGGCCUGGCCCUCAACUACUCGGUCUUCUACUACGAGAUCCAGAAUGCCCCCGAGCAGGCCUGCCAUCUGGCCAAGACCGCCUUUGACGAUGCCAUCGCUGAACUCGACACCCUCAACGAGGACUCCUACAAGGACUCGACCCUCAUCAUGCAGCUCCUUCGCGACAACCUGACGCUCUGGACAAGCGACCAGCAGGACGACGAUGGCGGGGAAGGGAACAAUUAAGCCCUAGGGGGAGGGGGAAACUGGCUGCUGCAGCUGCGAUCGCAGUCUUUUUUUUUCCACUUGGGGUGGGGGGGGGAGAGCUUCCGGUUACACCCCCUCCCCUCACUCUCCGCCCUGUUGACGCCUCUUCGACAUUUGCCAAAACACCACUAGCGGAAAGUCAGACUUGGCUGUGCUGGUACGGAAUGGGAGCCACACACUGGCAUUUGGACUGUCCUGUAGUUAAAUAAGUGGAGUUGUUUCAUUUAACGUAAAGCUAGACUGAAGCAAAACUUGAAUGAUGAGGUCUGCACAUUUAAAAAAAAAUGCUCUUGUGGUUUCAGUAACCUCCAUUGUUUUAAAGGAAGAAAUCGAAAGUAUUAAUAAAAUACAGUAUUAAAUAUUUUUUAUUUCAGUUUGCCUAUUUAAAAUAAAACAAAAACUAAUUUAUAAAUCUAAAUGGUGUCCCCGGACUCCCAUACCCCAAAUUAGAAUCUGAUUGUGGUUCAGGUUUUGAAAUAAGUUCAUAAAACUCAUAAUUAGAUGUUUCUAUAUAUUAAAAAAAACAGGAUCUUAAAGAAAUUAACAAACCUACCAGUGUCAAAGUCUAGUUUAAACCCGCUGGCAAAUGUAUUAUUUGAAGCACUUUUCAUCACCAGUAGAAAAUCUAGAUAAUUGGAAAUUAAGGACCUGCCAUUUUUAACCGGAGCCAUUUUAGACCACACCAGUGACUAGUUGUACUACCAUUUAGCCCCCUCCAUAUGUUACUGGAAAUACGGGAUAAUUUUUUUUUAGGUCAGGCUGAAUCAAAGGCAGAUUUCAUAAAAAGACAAACAAUGGGAAUUGAUCUUCAAGCAGCUUAUUUGUGUUUUUUUUAAAAAAAAAGAAACGCACUUGCCUAUUAUGCUGUCUAAUCAAGUGUAAUAUGAUUAUUAUGCUCCAAUAUUGUGCAUGCUGGUGACGUAUUUAAACAGUAGCUCAGAUUUAUUAACUUAUAGGUGUGAUGUAUUCUUAUGGCAAAAAUACUAGUCUUCAAAUGUAACUGAUUUGCUGGAGUACGCUCUACCCAAAUGAUCGUAACAGUUAAUUGGUCUGUUAUGGACGUUACUAUAGUGACAUGCGAUUAUGUAAUUGAUCUGUUGAAAGCACCAAUGUUCUAGCUUAAUCUUAAUGUCUGGUGUUUUGUUAUAGUGAAAUUAUUACAGUGUAGGAGCUUUUACCAGAACUUGUUAGUAUGAGGCUUCUGUUUGUGCUUUUUGUCAUGUUAUGCAGUGAACUCUCUCAGUUUGAGCAAGUGACUUGAUUAUUUUAACUCUGGUCAGUGUAUCUGUGGGGAAACUCUUUCACACAAUGGAGCAUUCCUUAACAGUUUUAUUGGUAAUGGAAUAUCUUGAAUGUGAGUCAUUAUGUAGUCGCACACAGGCUAAUAAAAUCGCAAAUCAGUUCUACUGCU